AAUCGUUGAUUUGGACUUCACAGAGCUUGACAUGUUGCCGCUGCAGCCAGUCAAUGGAAAGAAGACACUGGUAUAUGCCUGAGAGGGAGUCGGAGGAUGGCCUCUAGCUAUUGGAGCGCGGAGUCAGCAUGCAACAUCGAUGUGGAGCAGAUCCAAUACACUUGCUGAAUAGAUAUACAUGCCAGGCUUUACACAAUGGCUGCAUUCCAGCGUCAGGUGACGUCAAUGAGAAGCAGAUGACAUCCGGCAAGGCAACGUCCAUGUGGAGCAGCCGGCGGCAUCCGGCGAUGUCCGUGUGGAGCAGCCAGCGUUCGGUGACGUCCGUGUGGAGCAGCCAGCGUUCGGUGACGUCCGUGUGGAGCAACCGACGUGUGGCGACGUCCGUGAGUAGCAGCCUCGAGGGAAAGCCGACGUCCAACGCAUCAAUGAGAAGCGAGCGAACGUCCGGCGACGUCCAUGAGUAG